AUUAUAGUAGAAUGUACAUAAAAAAACUAACACCCAUUAAUUUAAUUUAAAUCAUGUAAAUGAUAAAAAAUGAGUUUCCUUGAAUCAGGAAAGAAGUAAUAGAAUUAAAGCUAUCUAUUAGCAGUAUUUAAGUAAUUGCGAACGUACGGAUGUUGUUAUUCUUGAAUUUACUAUUUUAAAUGAUAUUGAUAACAUUUUAUGAAGUAAGUUAGAAAGUUUGAAGAAUAGAUUAGCUGUUGAUAAGGUUAUUGUAUCGAUAUCGAUAUCGAUAUCGCACGUUAUAAUCACUUUCAAUUGCAUCAUACUUCCUUCUGUAUAUUUGACAUAAACCUUUUAUACGAGGUUUUUUAAUCAUUAUUUAAUAAGGGCAGAAUUCAGUUGUUAAAUUGAAAGUAUUUUCAAAGGCAAUUUCAAGAUCAUAUGUAUAUUACAUUUUGUAAUCCAAAUAAGAAAAUUCCACUGGCAUUCCAUAAAAGUUACUGUACGUUGUUUUAUAAUUUUCUGUGUUUAAUUACUGUUAUUAGAAAAGGUAGAAUAGAUAAAGCAAUGUCGAAGAAUAUAUUAGUAGAUUUAAAAUUUUAUUGGAUGCUUGUAUGCUCUAUGCAGAUGAUUGUAGCUGGUCAUAUACGGGCAAAGUUUUUAAUGCGUAUGCAUGUGCAUUCAUCCUUGAUUUCUAAACUGAGCAAACGAUGGUACGAAUCGAAUUCUGGAAAAUGUAUUGGGCAACGAGUUUUAACGCAGACUAGCAUUUUUGUUCAAGAAGGAGCAGAGAUUCAAGAAGUGCCUUUAAUUGUCAGAAAAAUGAACAAUGUGGAAGCAUUAUAUAAUGAUAAAGAUAAACAAAGUGUCCAGUCUAUUGAUACCAACCACAGGCUUUAUAAUACAAUUAAGAAAAAUGACCAGCUUAAGUUUCAUAAUAAAGGUAUGUCAAAUUUUCAAAAUAACGUCAAAGGAAAGAAUAGAUUAUUGAAUCGGAGAAUAGAUAUUGAAAUAGACGAAGGAACUGCAAUAUUAUUUUGCUCUGAUCCUGAAUGUCUUAAAGAUACAGAUAUACAAGAGGCGUUGCAAGAAUUGGAAUUGUUUAAUACAGCUGAUGGUGUAUAUUCUCUAGUAGAAAACAAAGUAACGCACGAAAUUAAUUGCAGAAUAGCUUUGGAAGGAUUGAAAAAACUAAUAGAAUUAGAAAAUACUUGGUCUAAGCAGAGGACACAAAGAAAUAAACAAUUUGAAAUAGAUAACACCACAAGAAACGUUAUGAUGAAACAAUUGCUUAAAUUAAUUAUUAAUAGUCAUAAUAGUGAAAUGAUACUUCAAGCAUUAAUUAUAUUCAAGAAAGAUAAAGUCAGUCCCCCUAAAAAUAUAUACAGAGAUUGGUUAUGCGAUGAAGCUUUAAGCCGUGCUACAGAUGGAGAGUUUACACCUAUACAAUUAGUAAAUGUGAUAAAGAUUUUGUCAACAUACAAAGAUUCUGUAUAUCGUAAAUGCAUAGAUACAUUAUGGGUUGGUAUUUUACUCAGAGAACAAGAGAUUAAUUCAUAUACGUUAGUUGCGUUAUUUAAAAUGCUGAAACACUUUAAUCAAAGUAAAAACAUGGUGAAACUCAUUUUGGAAAGGAAACUAUCCGAUUAUUGGCUAAAAUUAACUGGCACCCAAAUCGCGGAAAUAUUGGACUGUUUUCACAAUAAUAUUUCUGCAAAAAAAUGUUUAAUAAAUGCCAGUAAGUGGGCAAGCAUAAGCAUGAAUACAUCCUCGGAGAAGGAUUUAAUCAAUUUUUUACACAGUUUAAUUGCAAAAGAAUAUAUAGAUGAUAGAAUUGAAAGUACCUUACAGGAAUAUUUGAAAUCUAAAGCAUUGCAGAUUGAAGAUUCAAACUUAAUAGCAGCCAUUAUGAACUACUGUAAAAGUUUGAAAGUUAGAAAUAAAAGUAUUUUGUCGGAAUGCGGAGAAUAUUUCAUAAAACAUGGCAUGAGUGUACCAGCAUCUUUGCUGCCAUUUAUUCUUAUACCAUUUGGAGUAUUACAUGUGCAACCACCAAAUCCUGUUCAAUUUUGGGAGACGUUUGACACAGUAUUAUCGGUGAAGUUUCAUGAUUUAAAGCUGGAUGAUGCCCUAGAUAUUCUUCUUUCUUGUAUCUAUUUAGAAAAGUGUCCUGUAAAAUUCUUAGACAAAAUAUUUAUCUCACAGUUGCUCCAUAAGUUUCAUUUAAGGAGUCAUUCCAUUUUCUUUGACCGUAUAAAAAGCAAACUGCAACUGUUAGAUACCAGCAUGUCUUUGGAGUGCAUGGGUUAUCAGCAUUUACAUGUUCCAAUGGGAAGAACAGAAAAGCCACUAUUCCUAGAUGCUCGAAUUAGAAGAACAGUUAAUAUGAUUUUUCAGCCAUUAGCAUCUCUAGUUGGGGGUGAACACAGAUUGAGUAAGAAUGUGAUCCUGAAUCGACUGCCAAUCAUAAACUUCUACAUACUUGAUAUUUUAAUACAUCCGUUUAUGGAGUCAACCCCUGUCCUUCAUUUAAAUGGACAAGAAAAAAACAUAAAUACUGCAGUUUUGGUUUAUUUGCCGGAAUAUUAUUGUAGAAAUGCGCAUCAUUUAAUAGGGCCUCAAAUAAUGAGAAAAAGACAUAUCAGGAAAUUAGGAUUUCGAGUAAUGGCAGUGGAUUAUGUAAUAUUACAAGAACUUUGGAGUCAAUCUGAUAAAUUAUCAUCUUACUUGUUAAAAAGUUUAGAUUCCGUGGAAGAGGCAUUGUAACAUUUACAUAUAUAUUUUCAUACUAAUGUGUAUGUACAGCAGAAAUUGUCAUUAACCAUAUAGUUCAUGUUAUAGAUUAUAUGAAAUAAAAUCUUAUAAAUGAUAGUAAAAUAAUUUUUUUGAUAAAAAUGGU